AUGGUCACAGUUGAGGGAGGGGGUGUUCUGAAAAUCAAACGCAGUUUAAAGUCAGUAAAAAUUACUUCGCCUAGUUUCAAGAGUAUAAUAGUAGAGGGUAAUGAUGAAAAUGGUCUCCGGUUCUCUACACACACCAUACGAAACAUAGCAACAAUAAGCUGCUAUUUUACGCUGGUAUUCUAUGAGAGCGUGGACCCUUACGUGCUACAAUCUUAA